UAAGAACGAGUGCUGCAGACCUCGGAAGUGGGCGGGGCUGACCUGACGAGCCCCAGCCUCUGUGGUCAGUGGAAGAAAACGAAAGUAGGCCAGGCUUAGGGAAGAUAAUAUUAUAAUAAUAGCCCAGACCUACUUACAGCUUUUCUAGUCGAUACAGUCACAAACUGUCGCUCUCAGUUCGGUUUGACGCUUGUGGUACCGCGAUUCCUGCAGGUUGAAGAUUUCCCCUGUCUUCAGGUUCCACGUCAAGUUUUGAUUGUGUUGGAAGAAUUGAUUACAAAACAUGGCUGGGGUGUCGAGUGAAACCUUUGGACAGACACAGAGUGGUGAAACAGUCACAAGGUACACACUGAAGAACUCAAAGGGCGUGAGCGUCAGUAUUUUGAACUAUGGAGGAAUUAUUGUAGACAUCAAUGUCCCAGACAGAGAUGGGAACUUUGAUGACAUUUCUCUUGGGUUUGAUAAUGUUCCAGAUUAUGAGACCAAGUCUCCGUACUUUGGAGCAAUUUGUGGCCGGGUGGCCAAUGUGGUAGCUGGUGCUCAGUUUGACCUGGAAGGACAAACCUACAAGUUGUACGAGAACCGACCGCCUCUUUCUGUACAUGGUGGCAAGGCUGGAUUCGACAAGAAAACCUGGCAGGCUGAGGUAGUGGGGGACAACAAGCUGUCGCUGACGUACGUCAGUCCACACCUGGAGGAGAACUACCCCGGAGAGCUGACGUCAUCGGUCACAUACAGCCUGGACGACCACAGCGCCCUCACGCUGCAGUACGCUGCCACCACCACUAGGACCACCGUCCUCAACCUCACCAACCACGCCUACUUCAAUCUGGCCGGCCAUGGACAUGGCCAUCUCAAUGACCACAGGCUGAAGGUUUUUUCUGAUAAGUACUUGGUCCUUGAUGACAUCUACGUCCCUACAGGUUGA